AUGCCGGCACUAAUCAGCAUUCUGGACCGUCUGUCCACAAACAGCCAAUCUUCAAAACCGUGUCCCUCGAUCCCAAUCCCGGAAAAGUUCGCAAUCGGUAAUAAUUAUAACCGAUGGGAGAAACAAACACAAAUCUGCCUCCGACACUUUCCCCAUGAGAAACAUGCCAACCUGGUGUAUAGCCUCCUCACUGGCGAAGCAUUCGAUAUUGUCUCCGAAUCCAGAAUUCUAGAUGACGAGGUAACAGACGACACCUUUAAGAGGAUCCGACAACCCUUAGACAUCCCCAAGCUAGCGAUCGAGUACCGUCGGGGGUUUCACUCCCGCCGGCAACUGGCUGACGAAAACGUCCGCACCUACGUUCGAACUCUGCGACAUUUAGCAGACCGCGCAGUCCCAAAUCUGUCCAGCUCUGAACGCGAUCGGCGGAUCUUAGAACAACUCUUUGAGGGCACAUAA